CCGGAUAGUUAUCGAGUCAUUUUAUUUGCGCCUCAACUGUGAGAUUUUUGGUCAUCUUAGUGUGAAGUGUUUCGGUUUCUGUUCCUAAUAAUUCAGUAUGUUUCGAUUGAAGGCGUUCGUGUUUUCAGCUGUGCUGUGUAGUUUAGUAGUGCUAGGUCAAGGAGAUGCUUCAACGGAAAAACCGGUGACCAUAACAGUACCGAAGCCAACCACUACUACUCCAGCUCCAGAAACAACAAGCUCCACCACUCUCUCCUCUACCACAUCAUCAACAGAAGCACCGACCACUCCCAGUUCAACUUCCACAACAUCGACCACUGAGGUGCCGCCCACUGAGCCCCCUAAACCGACCCCUCCUCCAGCCCCUACUCCCUUACCUGCACCAACCCAGGGCACGUGGCAUUAUGAUGAGAAGAAUGUGACCUGCAUAGUUGUACAGUUUGCUGCGAGGCUUAAUGUUACAUACACUAUGAAAAACUGUGAGUAUUGCUUCAUUGUGGUAUUAUCUUGAUAUCUCCAACCAACA